GAUCGGAGCAAUCGGCAUUGACACAAACACCGCCAUUUUUUUCUUUCUUUUUUUUUUCUUUUGAUUAUUGAAUGAUCUCAGUGGCAGUGGCCGUAAGAUGAAGCACGUGGAAGAAAUGGCUGUUCAGGCCGUCGGUAAGGUUUUGAAUGAUCCGUCCAGACCUUUAAAAGAACGCUUCAGAGCUCUGUUCACCCUGCGAAACCUGGGAGGCACCUGCGCCAUCGAAAACAUCGCCCGCUGCUUCGUCGAUCCGUCGGCGCUGCUCAAGCAUGAGCUGGCCUACUGCCUGGGACAAAUGAAAGAUCCGGCUGCGAUUCCGACCCUAGUAAGAAUAUUAAAAGACCUAAAGCAAGAACCCAUCGUUCGCCACGAAGCGGCGGAAGCUUUGGGUGCCAUCGGCUGCUCUGAAAGCGUCGCGGUCCUCGAGGAAUUCGCACACGACUCGCACGCCGUCGUCGCCGAGACCUGUCAGCUCGCGCUUGCCAAGAUAGCGUGGCUCCAGAGCGAAGAAAGCAAGCAGGACAAGUUCGCGGAGAGUCCGUACAGCUCGAUCGACCCUGCCCCUCCGUUUCUGAAGGAAAGCCCAGUCGAAGACGACAAAAAACUGCUUCUGGACACCUCGAAGCCGCUGUUCGAGCGGUAUCGUGCCAUGUUCUCGCUGAGGAACUGCGGUUCGCCCGAAGCCAUCACCGCGCUGGCGGAAGGGCUCAAGUGCCCGAGCAGCGCCCUGUUUCGUCACGAGAUCGCGUAUGUCUUGGGUCAAGCCCAGGAAGAGAUUUCGGUGCCGUAUUUAAAAGAAGUUUUACAAGACACGGACGAGAUGGCGAUGGUCCGACACGAGUGCGCUGAGGCGCUCGGCUCCAUCGCCACAGAAGAGUGCUUCGAGCUGCUGCAGAAGUACGUGGAGGACGCCGAGACGCUGGUGCGGGAGAGCUGUCAGGUGGCGUUGGACAUGUGCGAGUACGAGAACAGUCAGGAGUUUCAGUACGCCAACACACUUCUGCAGGUGCAGCCGGAAGCUCUUAUAUGAGAGCUGUUACCCGGGAAAAAAUAAGACAGUUCUUCAUGCGUGGUCCGCAGGUUGUUCUGCUGUUGUGUAUUGUGCCGCAAAUGCGUCAUCUGCUCUUGUAUUCACUUUGUUGUAAGGUUUGAGCCACACACAAUGGGUAGGCUACAGAGCUGGUGGGCCAGAUACUGGGAAUUACCAGGCUUGCUCUUUGUGUGUGUUGUAGUUGUGUCACUGAAUCGCGAGCUUGAUUCUGAUUGGCUACUGAGAAUCUCCCAAUGUUAGCAGUGCAUACGUGGCAGCGGCCACUUUUUGAGCUAUGUUUCCAAACACAUUUAGCUGCGGAAAAUUCUGUUGUAGAGAAUAAUCGCUGCUGCUGUUAAUAUCGGGAAUAUUCUCGUCUGCAGUUUGCUACUUCGUUCCCCUUGAUGGCUGCCAAACAAUCCAUUGUUCCCGAGACCAAGUGCCAGGCUCUUCUUGUAUUUGCGACUCCAACAGCAUGUAUUUGAUCCCCUUCCGUUUCACAUUUUGGCUGCUAGGCUGCACCAGUUUGGCUACGCAAUUGUGAUAAGCAUUAGCUCCCUGCAUUUCUCCUUCACAUUUGUUCCACUGGGUGGAGUCACCUCCUCUGGAGUUGUGUAGAGUUGCAUAUAGCGGAGGCUAUGUGUAAACAUUUUUUGCCUGAGUCAUCAAUCGAAUCACCUUUUUAGGUCAAUGGAAUUAAGUUAACACUGCAGGUGGAAUGAUAUCGGCAGAGAAUUGCUAUUACCAUGGCCUUUACGUUCUGACUUUGCCCACAUAAGUUAUAUUGUAAUUGUUGUCUUGGCUUUUAUUUUAGCAGUUUUCAGGAUAGUCUAAAAUGGUUCAGCAUUAAUCAGAGCCUUCAGAAAUAUUGAAAUUCUGGGAGUUUACAUCUCGAAGCAAUGCCAAGUGCAGGAAUGCGUGUUUUGUAAUAUAUUAAAAACUUAAUGUUUUCAUGUUACGAGGUGCACUGCAUUUAAAGCCUAGUGGUGAGGUGCUUCGAUAAUGGAAAGGCAAAGAGCCCAUUAAAAUCUGUUCAUUGCUUGAACGUAAAUGCAUUUAUGCAUCCCAGGACUAUAGAAAGUGGGUGGUCUAUAUACCGCUCCAAUAAAGAACCACUGGCCGGCGUCAUUUUAAGUGUUUCCGUAUAUAUACAAUGUGCUUGCUUUACAAAGCAGCAAACAUAUGUGUGCUGGGCUGUGGAUUUGUAAACACUGGAGCAGCGUAUACAGAGCUAGCAUUUGUCACUAUUGUCUUUCGACCGUCACAUUUGAUAUGGUCUCGCUUGUCUCGGUCAAGUGCGCUGGCUAACAGAAGUUCCUACAGUGCUAAUUUGUCACAGUUGUAAUUGUUCUGGGUGGAUUGCAACACCAAUAUGUCCAAUUGACAUUCUGUCAAUGCUCCCACAUUGCUCUGUGUUCCAUGGUCGUGGUCUGCUCGUAAAGUGUGCCCCUCCACCAUCACACACUUGUUGCAUCACAAAUUUGGUAUUGAAACUGAAUAUAAUUUUCUCCCUGGCAACUGAACACCGCAGCUGUUGUCGGUGUUGUGUGAUUCAACUAUAAUGGCUUGUCACGCAAGUGCCCUGGCUUGCCCAGUGAGCAUUGAUGUUUUAUCAAAACUCGCAGAUUGCAGAAGUUGCUGCUUUGAAAAUUUCUAACAUUGUGCCAGGAAAGUUCAUUAAAUGUGUGUGGGGAAAAAAGGGGAUAACUAUGGAAUCAGAGCACAAAAGCUGUCAACAAAUGCAACUUUAGCGAGUACACAUCCCCCGAAUUAGUAAUUCUCAUGAUCUUGGGUAAGCACUGUGACUUUAGAACAGCUUGUGAAGCUUCCCUUCAGUGAGGGUGGUGAAAUCGCCGUUUUACACCAAUCCAAUCUUUGUUUUGCUUUUUGACAAUAGUCACCAGCGCCGUCACAUUCAGCCUGCUUUUGUGUCGAGUUUCUGGUGGUGUUUGCUCACUCCUGUCGUGCCUGUUGUCCUGGCCAAAGGAAACUACUCCGUUCGUCCUGUAUCAUGCAGCCUUAAAUCGGGAAGUGGUGUCCUGCAAAUGUUUACAGUAGCACAACGCCCACAUAUUGAACAACUGGCCACUUUGAUCUUUUUGACCACGAGAUAUUUACUACACCAUGAAUUGUACAUUACAAGUUGAAGUGAGUAAUCACGGUGUCAUGUACUGGUAUUUGUACUCGACGUUUCCCGGUAAAUGGUAUCGUGCGGUUGCACUUCCCCACCUUGGGUGUUAAAAUAAACGUCUAUUACGACCCCUUG